GAGGAGGAGGGGGAGAUAGACGCGGGUGGACAGUGUGAUGCUGUGCGUUAUCUUCUGGCUAAAUGAGGGUUGUCUUUCCCAGUUCAGGCAGCACGGCUUCUCCACCCUUCCAGCCAGGAUCUGUAGCUCACACGACAUCAGUAGGGCGCCUUUCGGAUCUCCAUUGGACCCAGCGCUGGAUCUUCCACCGCGCUCCUGCCGCUGCUGCUGCCGCCGCUGCUGCUCCAUCACCAGCCCCUCAAAGCCCAGGGAGGAGAAGAUGAUCUGAUUUUACGUGCCAUGUGAAGAACGACAUGUAUCUGUGAUUUAGCACGGUGACAGAGUAGGGGAAUGGAGCAGCUGUCAUCAAAUUCCUGCAGAUCCACCGAAGGUGAUACAGUGAAGGCUGUCGCUUAGAGAGAAGACCUUCAUACGCAGCAGCAGGCAAUCCGAGAGACACGUUUUUAUCACCAGCGAGAAGGACCAGUCAGUGGUCAAGAGUCGCCUGUCAUGUCGACCACAACAAUGGGGGAGCAGCCCAUCUACAGCACCCGGGCACAUGUCUUCCAGAUUGACCCCAACACCAAGAAGAACUGGUUGCCAACCAGUAAGCACGCCGUCACAGUGUCGUACUUCUAUGACAGCACACGCAACGUGUACCGCAUCAUCAGCCUGGACGGCACCAAGGCAAUAAUCAACAGCACCAUCAGUCCCAACAUGACGUUCACAAAGACCUCACAGAAGUUUGGCCAGUGGGCAGACAGUCGAGCCAAUACUGUGUAUGGCCUGGGAUUCUCCACUGAGCAUCAUCUAGCCAAGUUCGCAGAGAAGUUUGCAGAGUAUAAAGAGGCGGCGCGGCUUGCUAAAGAGAAGAGUCAAGACAAGAUGGAGAUGGCCACGUCACCUUCUCAGGAGUCUCCAGUAGGUGAGCUCUCAUCCCCUCUGACCCCCGUGACCCCGCCUAUGGAGAGCAUCAAUGGUACUGAUGAUAUUUGUGACACGACUCCCAACUCAGACACCUCUCCAGGUCCUGCGCAAAACGCGCUGGCAUUCGCACACAGCCCGGCAAUGACAAAACACUGGGAGGCCGAGCUGGAGGCACUAAAGGGGAACAAUGCCAAGCUAACGGCAGCGCUGCUGGAGUCCACAGCCAACGUUAAACAGUGGAAACAGCAACUGGCUGCCUACCAGGAGGAGGCAGAGAGACUACACAAACGGGUCACUGAGCUUGAGUGCCAGAGUAACCAAGUUCCAGUGAUCAAAUCCCAGAAGACUGAACUCAACCAAACCAUAGAGGAACUGGAGAAUACACUUAGAGACAAAGAAGAGGAAAUGGAAAAGUUGAAAGAGGAACUGGAAAACAUGAAUGACUUAAUGGAGCAGAAAGACACCCUCACCCAGAAGCUUGAGGAGACAGAGCUACGCGGGCGAGUGUUGGAGGAGCAGUUGGCAGGGGCCGAGCAGCGGCUGGAGGAGAAUCAGGAGGAGCAGGAGAACUUUAGGAAGAGCCUGCGGACGCUGCUGGAGCUCCUGGACGGCAAGAUCUUUGAGCUGACAGAGCUCAGAGACACCUUGGCACGGCUCAUAGAGGAGGCCAGCUAGAGUCAGAGCUCCCAUCGCCACAGACAGAGCCAUAUGAUAAUUUGCAACCCUACAACCCCAAUUACCCGCCGACUACACACCAACUUCAACAAAUUACAACUGCUACAAUACACUGCCCCAAUUCUGGUUUUGCUCAAAAAGGGCAGCUAACCCCUCUUUUAUAACUUGCAGGCAUCAAGUUCCAACCAACUGCAGGCAAUCCUGUAGUUCAAGACAACACAGGGACUACCUCAUCUUGCCUUCUGAUUGGCUGGUGUAGGCGUAACCCCGGUUGAAUUGAUCCCCCUCAGUUGUAACAAUUCCACUGCACCUGCCUCCAAAAACCACACCACUGAACAUCCCACACUCACAGAUUUAACUUGAGAACUGUGCCUCAGUGCCAUCUGCUGUUUGACUGGGAGAGCUGCAGCACAGCUUGCAGCAUCACAUCAUUACACACAAACACCCCCUUUUCUUCCUCUCUAAACUGCCCCCCCAAGGGGAAUGUUGAAAGUCAUGUGGAAAUAAAUGCUGUUAAGACUCAGAGAACUGCGCCAAAGCUGCCAAAUCCCCCCAAAAUAUUGUCCUCUGACUAGCAGAUGCUUUGAUCCAAAGUGACUUACUGUACAGAGAAGCUCUGAACAGAGAAACAGCGAAAGAGAGUCCUACGUUUUACCUCGGGCUGCCAGCGGAGUGUCACUUGAAACAGAGAUUCAAAGGAUGGCUCUCAGUCUUACCUAUUGGCCUGUGUUGACUUCAGUGCUGCUCCCUAGCUUGGACACACAGGCUGUUGGGAAAUCAAGUUUGGUUUUCUUCUUCAUUGGAUAUUAAUGACUGCUAAACUAUAUCCACCGCCUAUUUAAAACCCUAUAAUAUAGAUGAAUAUUGAAUCUUCCAGCGUCAAUGUUAAUGCUACACUGAAAAUUUAGAUUUGACAUGAAGUUCCUGUAUCCAGACUGCUUCCACCAUCGCUGACAGCUGACCUGUCUUCCUGCCAAACUCAGUGUGGUGUGUGUUCCCAAACAAGGCCUGACCUACAACAUAGCGUGUGCCUUCAAAGCACACAUGCGUGGACACAUGUUUGUGUGUGUGUGUGUGUGUGUGUGUGUGUGUGUGUGUGUGUGUGUGUGUGUGUGUGUGUGUGUGUGUGUGUGUGUGUGUGUGUGUUUUGUGCUGUGAGAGACAUACCCUGUUAUUGGAUGUUAAGGCCUACACACACACACACUGAGCAAUACCAGACAGGCUCUAUAUGACACCUCUAUGUAACUCAAUCAGGUAGUCUACUCAGUGGACUCAUGCAGAUAGGUCAAAUGCAACUCAGCUCAACCCCCCUUGUCCAACAGAAAGUGUACUACUGUUGACCGCGAACCUGUGUGGCAGCCCUGUCUGGACAAAGUAGUGCAUCAUGAAGGGCUCAUAGAGUGUCAUCUUAGUGUUCUUAGAUCUCCACCCCGGGUGAAACUGGCCGCAGGUUUUCACUCCACAACCCAGAACUGUACUCAGUUUCUAUUGUUUUUUACACAGGAUAUAACACUAAUGACAUAAUAACAGAACUGUAUAGGACAACUUUCUACUCCUAACACCAAUUGUAAAUGAAUGGAUGGAUAACUUCAAUUCAGUAACACCCUGCAGUGGCUUAUUGUUGUGUAUUAACCCAUGGAUAAGUAUUGCAUAGUCAUUGUAGAGUAUCUAAUCUGUAGGUAAACAAUGAAAACCUCUUCAACAUAUAUUUAAAAAUGAGUAACAACACAAUGUAAACACAGUGUUUAACGUUCUGUAUAGAAAAAUAAAUUCACUUAUUAAGCAGCCCCCCUUUUCCAAUAAAACACAAAAAUAUAUAUCUUACAAUCUGUUCCUCCAAAAUCACUUUAUUAUUUCUAAAAGUAUAUCCUCACGCAAAGUACUGCUUAUCUUACCUUUCUAUUGAGCACCCUGUUUGCACUGUGUUAUUACACUGUUGUAACUACAUUAUAUAAAGAGAUUUGCAUUAAAUACUAGCACAGCAUUAUUCUGUACUUUUUGUAGUUAGUUACACAGGUUAAUACACUGGAAUAAGACCGAUGUUAAGGGAGAAGUUACCUGCUUUUUUCUUUCUUCUUCUGUUUUAACUUUGACAGUCGAAUGACAGAGAUGGAAUACCUUAAUAUUAAUGCUGUUGUUAAUGAAUGCCUUUGUACAGUAGUGGAUAAGAAGCUUUUCAUUCUCCUGUUUUGUUACUUAUGGUAUUUAAAUGUAGGUAAUAUUAUUGUAUUUAGAGGUAUGAGAAGACUGGCAAUAUUUUUGACUAUUUAAAGUAAUUUUGAACUCAUGAUAUUAAAGAGGUACCUCAGGCAAAGACGUGUGUAGAUUGGUGAGAGUUGUGUGUUUGCAGGUGAAAGGAUUUACCAAAUGCUGGUAAAAAAAAAGAAAAAGAAAAAAAGAUCACACCUGUUGGUGCUGCAGCCAAACUUAAUCCUUUGUUGAAUUCAAAACAAAGACAGCCCUACCACUCCUUUGUGAAAUGAGAAAUGUUAUGUUUUAUAUUCAAAUACAGUGACCACAGAAUUCAGUGUGUGCAAUUCA